CUCUCUAUAAAGCCAGACAAAGCCCGAGCAUGAUGUACAGAAGUCAUUUCCUCAUUAGCUGGAAGGAGUGAACACAACAUAGACCAUGCUGGGAGCUGCACUACUCCUACUGGCAAUGCUGCACUGCCAGGUGCUAGCAAUAAAUAGACUACCGAGAGGACUGAAAUAUGAAGUUGUCUUUCCAGAGAAAAUCCAUUCUUGGCACAAGCGAGACAUAGAGAGCAAGUAUCCAGAUCGGGUCCAGUACAAGCUGCCCGUGGAAGGGAAACCUGUACAUUUAUACCUCGAGAAGACUGAGGGACUGCUAUCAGAAAAUUACACAGAGACAACCUAUCUGAAUGAUGGGACUCGAGUGACAACCAGCCCAGAGAAUCUGGAUCACUGCUGCUAUCAGGGACAUACAAAACAGGAUGUUGAUUCUCUGGUCUCCAUCUGUAUUUGCAAUGGCCUUAGUGGCGUCAUUCAUACUCGUAAUCGCCGAUUCUUGAUUGAACCUCUCAAUCAGACAGACGAUGGAGAACAUGCUAUAUAUGAAGACAAGGAAGAGACCCCCAAAACCUGCGGUGUAACCAAUACAACGUGGACAGAAGGAAAGGUUUUAAAAUCUUCCCGAUCGGGCAGCAAUGCUGAGAAACUAAACUUCUUCAAUUCUCAGAAGUAUGUCCAGCUUUACCUUGUGGCAGAUAAAACCAUGUUUGUAAAGUAUAACAACAGCAAAGAAGACUUACAAAAAAGAAUUUUUGAGAUAAUAAAUUAUGUCAAUGAGGUGUAUAAACAAAUCGGUACAUUUGUGGCACUAAUUGGGAUCGAAUUCUGGGAUAAGAAAGACCUCUUUGAAGUCUCAACCUCAGCCAACAUAAAUCUUGACAGGUUCUGUACAUGGAGAAAACAAGUUUUGCUCCCAAGAAUAUUUAAUGACAAUGCCCAGUUUAUAACGGACACAGAUUUUCAGGGUGCUACAGUUGGAUUGGCCUUUGUGGGUACUAUGUGUUCUGAAGCCCAUUCCUGUGGUGUCAUUCAGGAUCACAGCAGGGUCGCCGUCUCUGUUGGUGCCACAGUUGCUCAUGAAAUGGGACACAACCUGGGGAUGAAUCAUGACACCAGCUCUUGCAACUGUCCUGCCGAUUCCUGUAUCAUGGCACCCACUCUGAGCUAUAACACUCCUCGUCUCUUCAGUCCCUGCAGUAUUACAAACUUCCAGGAGUUCAUUUUCAACCGAAUGCCAGCAUGUAUGAAAGUUGAGCCAUCAAAAGAGUUUAUUAAGUCCCCUUCUAUGUGUGGCAACAAAUUCACUGAGAUAGGCGAAGACUGUGACUGCGGCACUGUAAAGGAAUGUACCAACCCUUGCUGUGAUGCUGCCACCUGCAAAUUCAAAGUUACAGCCCAGUGUGCAGAUGGAGAAUGCUGUGAGAAUUGUAAGAUCAAGAAAGCAGGAACUGUGUGCAGAUCACAAAAAGAUGAUUGUGACCUUGCAGACAUGUGUAAUGGGAAGUCUUCAGAAUGUCCACCCGAUCGCUUUAUCUACAACGGACAUCCCUGCAAUGAUGGCCAAGGUUUCUGCUACAAUGGGAAGUGCCCUACUUUGGAAAGCCAGUGCCAGAGCAUGUGGGGCGCAGGUGCUACAAUAGGACAGGACCUUUGCUUUGGAUACAAUAGGAGAGGCACCAACUAUGGAUACUGCCAAUACAUUGCCAAUAGCUAUGUGGCAUGUGGGCCAAACGAUAUAAAGUGUGGAGUGCUGUACUGCUCUGGAGGAGGCGCCAAUCCUGCAGUAAAUGGACCUGUUGCAUCAAUUUCUUCCUGUCGGGCGGUUUUACAUGCGAGUGGAAUGGUGCAGAAUGGAACAAUGUGUGCAGAAGGAAUGGCUUGUUACAAUGGGAAAUGUGUGGAUAUAAACAGCGCCUUCCGUUCAGUAAAUUGUUCUUCCAGCUGCCCAGGACAUGGGGUUUGUGACCAUGAGCUGCAAUGUCAGUGCCAGGAAGGCUGGACACCCCCUUACUGUGACAGUGUCUCAGAAACCAAUAUUGUGCUCAUCGUGGUUGUGAUCCUGAUUGCCCUGGCUCUGAUAGUUGGACUCGUGUUAAUGAUUGUGUUCCGGAAGAAAUUUAAGCGAUGUGGACAAAAAUCUCCAUCCGGGAUAUCAGGUGCCACAAACCAAGCAUACAUUGACCAGAAGCAACAGAAAAAGGCUGGUUCAAGUGUAUCCCCACCACAGCCACAACAGAGCAAAGAUGGAUAUUGGGCCCCGCAGUAUUCUGUGACCACAUCAGUAGAACUUAGUAAGAAGUCACCGGCAAUUCAGAGGCCAGUCAUGGCUCCACCACCAGUACCAGUCACUGCUCCACCACCAGUACCUGCCACCAAACCAGUACCACCCACGGCUCCGCCACCUGUGCCUACCGCCAAACCAGUACCAGCCAAAGCUCCACCACCCGUGCCUGCUGAUAAACCAGUUCCUCCAGCUCCCCUAACAAAGGUAGGCUAA